AUGAGGUCCGAUGUCUUCUUUCUCGUUCUGCUGGUCCCCUUAAACUACUUUGUGCUUAAUUUUCAAGCUCAAGCUGCGCCUGCUGGGCCGUUGAUAAAGCACUUGUCCUCCUUUAUGAAAUGGACUAGGUCCUCCUCCAAAACACCCCAUCAGUCAGAUGGGAAUGUGCUCCAAUUUGAAGAGGGAUAUCUAGUUGAGACUGUUGUUGAAGGGAGUGAACUUGGAAUCGAGCCAUAUUCAAUCCGUGUCUCGCAUGAUGGAGAACUUUUUGCUGUUGAUGCUAUUAAUAGCAAAAUUGUUCGAAUUACACCCCCACUUUCGCAAUAUAGCAGGGCAAGAUUGGUAGCUGGGUCAUUUCAGGGCUACACUGGCCACGUGGAUGGAAAACCGAGUGAUGCUCGUUUUAAUCAUCCCAAGGGGGUCACCAUGGAUGAUAGGGGGAAUGUCUAUGUUGCUGACAUCUCAAAUCUUGCCAUUAGAAAGAUUGGGGAAGCAGGCGUGACAACUAUUGCUGGUGGAAAGUCAAACGUUGCUGGAUAUAGAGAUGGGCCGAGCGAAGAUGCAAAAUUCUCGAACGAUUUUGAUGUGAUAUAUGUGAGGUCCACAUGUUCUUUGUUAGUUAUCGAUAGGGGCAAUGCGGCCCUACGUCAAAUUUCUCUAAGUAAAGAGGAUUGUGGUUAUGAGAACAGCUCUGUUUCGCCUACUGAUCUUCUUAUGGUUGCUGGGGCUAUCUUAAUAGGCUAUGCUUCAGGCAUUCUCCGACAAGGAUUUGGUUCCUCGUUCUUCUCCAAGAGAAAUAUCCCCAAACGAGGCCUUACCCCACUCAAAGACUCGCUCGUCAUGCCCGAGGAUGAACCCGGACCUUCUUCUUUCCCUCUAAAGCAGCGGGCCCCGAUCCCUAUCUCCGAAGCCCGGCAGGCCCAAGUCCCGUCAGUGCCGAACCUGAGCCCGAACGACCGAUUUUCGGAGGUGAAGCCUGUUAAGAUCAGAUCAUCCAGUGCCAAAGACCCUGCUUUGUCGACCAAACACAGAUCCUCUAGACGACACGAAUUUGCUGAGUUUUACGGUUCGAGUGAGGCUCCUCAGUAUGGGCAUGCUAGGUCGAAAAGCCAUAAAGAACGAGCUAAGCACCGUUCGAAGGAGAAAAGUGGGGAAACAAUGCAGACAAAGCCUGCAGAAGUUAAAGGGCCCGAGUAUGAGAAUACGAAAUACGAUCCCUAUAAUUUCAGGAGCAGGUAUGGAGGAGAAGCAUACCGUUUUGAGUAG